AUGAACAAAUCACCACUUCUUUUACUUAUCCUCGGACUCUUGAUUGUUUGUGGUGUUUUAAAUGAAGCCUCCAACAAGGUUUUGGCUCUCGAUGCCACCUUUUACUAUGAAAAUGGGAAUUACAUAGUUAGGAAUGGAGUUUAUAAUCUGCGAUCGGGUAUUGCUGCAGCACAUUAUGAUGAUAGUUAUGAGGCAAAAGGAUGGGAUGUUCUCUCUAUUGAAACCAAUGGAUUGAUAAAGGAUGAAUUGCAAAGUUAUGCUGCCGGUUAUUUGGAAGGAGUCUUGACAAGGAAGAGAAUUUACAAUCACUUUGUUAAUUUGAAUACGUAUGUGUGGGCUGAGAAUCCUGAUAAGAAGAUGCCACAAUAUGUGAGAGAUUUCUUGGAGUCUCAACGUGCUUGGGUUAGAGAUUCAUCUGCCAAGUAUGCCAACGAUCCGUUCUGGCAACAGGUCAGAACUGUUUAUUUGCAAAUGGAGGGUUUGCUUGAUGGUUACAAUUAUGCCACUACAAAUAGUUCAGAAAAAAUUAGUUAUGCUGAAUUGCAAGUAAUGAGUGCUUCUGGUGACUUGUUUGAUAUUGUCAAUGUUAAGAAGGAUUUCAGACCAAAUUUUAACAAGAUGACCUCAGCUCAAAUUUUACAAUUCGCCAGAGACAAUGGUCACUGCUCUGCCAUCUUCAAGGUCGCACCAGAUUUCAGUAAUAUCUACUUUGGACAUAAUUCGUGGUUCGUGUUUGCAGCUAUGACUCGUAUCUAUAAGACUUACACUUUCAAUUUCAAUAACAAAUUGGUUGCUUCACCAAAGGUCACAUUCUCUGGUUACCCAGCUACACUUGCUUCAAAUGAUGAUUUUUACAUUACUCAAAAUGGAUUAGUUGUUAUUGAGACUUCCAACAAUAUUUUCAACACUUCCUUAUAUGAUUUACUCAAACCAGAAUCAUUGUUGUGUUGGCAAAGAGUUAUUUUAGCCAACAGACUUGCUGAUGAUGCUCCUUCAUGGAGUAAAAUCUUUUCUGAAUAUAACUCUGGUACUUACAAUAAUCAAUUCAUGGUUUUGGAUACUAAAAAGUUCGUUCCUGGCCAACCACUUGCCAAUGACUUGUUUUGGGUUGUUGAGCAAAUUCCAGGAAAGGUUAUUGGUGCUGAUCAAACUCAAAUUCUCAGCUAUGGAUACUGGCCUAGUUACAAUGUUCCAUUCUAUAAGGAAGUUUUCACAAUUUCUGGAUAUCCUGAAAUCUUAAAGAGACCAAAUGCCUCAGACAUGUUGUCCUAUGAAACAUGUGUUAGAGCUAACAUUUUUAGAAGAGAUCAAAAUAAGGUCAACUCAAUUGAUACUAUUAAGAAUCUUCUUAGAUAUAACAAUUGGAAGUAUGAUCCACUUUCUCUUGGUCAACCUGGCUAUUCCAUUUCGAGCAGAAAUGAUUUGUCUCCAACUGCUACUGAUGCUACAAGAAGCUGCAGUGGAGGUUAUGAUACUAAGGUUUCUUCAAUUCUCGACAUUAACACUGUUCACAUUAUCAAUGGACCAACCAGUGUUGAUCAACCAGUCUUUGUUUGGAAUGGUCAAUGCCCUGCCAAGUUCAGCCAUGUAUAUGAUUGGAUGUCCAUUAAAUGGAAUUAAUAAACGAGUAUAU